AAAUAACCAGUCUUUUCGGCAUCAAAUCCUUCCUUUCGCUUCUCUUUCUGUUACAUUUCGCUUUUCGUCUCUGUCUCUUUUUACCUUUCUACCUCUUUUUGCUUUGUCGUUUUUAGGGUUUUUUUCUUUUUUCUUUUUUUUUCCUUGCAAUCACAGGUUUCUCGUAAUUUUGGAACCGGAAAUCUGCAUUAUUUCAGAUCGUUUUUUUUUUCCUGUUUGGUUGAUAGGAAAAUUAAAGAAAGAAGUUACUCGGAAACCAGGAUUCCAGCGUGAAGAAUGUUCAGUCUCCUGCUAUAAAUGCAUUGUAGCUUUCGGGAUGAGAAGUAGCUUACAGGAAAUCUUUGCUUAAUGGACUGCUCACCCACCAGCUGUGACAAGAAAACGCUGAAGAGGUGGUUCUUCAUAGACAAAAGGGUCGGGUAAAAUUGUGCACAGAUUUUGAUUCUGACCAACCGAGUUUUAGUAUCAUAAUCUCAAAGUCUAGGUUAAGAAAGUAUAAGGAAGAAUUCUGUGAUCCGAUGGAGUUGAAGUCAAAUCAUGCUUUCCCUGUUCUUACUGAUCCCGUACCCAUCAGCAAGUCAAGAUUGGGUAUCCUUUCUAGUUUGUUGCCUUACUCGCAGCAAGGAGCAUCCUUUUCCUCUGGCAAGUAUGUUUCAAUUCCAAGGAAAAAACCAGGAAAGCUUGAUGAUGUCCGGUCAAAUGGCUGGCUGGACGCUAUGAAAUCCUCUUCUCCCCCUCGGAAGAAACUAAUAAUGGAUUAUACGGUUGAGGUCGCUACAGAUGAUGCAGAGAUUGCGUACUGCUCCUGGAUGCUUAAGUAUCCAUCAGCACUCAAAUCUUUCGGGCAAAUUACAAACUAUGCAAAGAACAAGAAAAUAGCAGUCUUUCUGGAUUAUGAUGGGACUCUUUCUCCAAUUGUAGAUGACCCUGAUCAUGCCCUUAUGUCUGAUGCUAUGCGUUGCGCUGUAAGAAAUGUGGCAAAAUAUUUUCCAACUGCAAUAAUAAGUGGAAGAAGCCGUGAUAAGGUUUUUCAGUUGAUAGGACUAACAGAACUCUAUUACGCCGGUAGUCAUGGAAUGGACAUUAUGAGCCCUGUUAGUACUACAGUGGCCAAUGACCAUCCAGACUGUGUUAAAUCUACUGACAAAGAGGGCAAGGAGGUAAAUCUCUUCCAGCCUGCUAGAGAGUUUAUACCCAUGAUUGACGAGGUUUUUAGAACCCUUGUCGAGAAUACUAAAGAAAUCAAAGGCGCAAAAGUUGAAAAUCACAAGUUUUGUGCCUCUGUACAUUAUCGUAAUGUAGAUGAGAAGAAUUGGCCGAUAAUUGCACAAUGUGUUCAUGAUAUUCUUAAGGAGUACCCCCGUUUACGAUUAACGCAUGGGCGAAAGGUUUUAGAGAUCCGCCCUGUGAUUGAUUGGAACAAGGGAAAAGCAGUGGAAUUUCUGCUUGAAUCUCUUGGGCUCAGUAGUAGAGAUGAUGUGCUCCCAAUCUAUAUUGGUGACGAUAAGACUGAUGAAGAUGCAUUCAAGUUGUUGAAGAAGGGAAAUCAAGGUUAUGGAAUUCUGGUAUCCUCAGUCCCAAAAGAAACCAAUGCAUUCUACUCCCUUAGGGAUCCAUCUGAGGUCAUGGAAUUCCUCAAGUCACUUGUGAGGUGGAAGAAAAAUGAAGAAGCCAGAUGCAAUUGAUUGAUAAGAGCACCUAAUUAAUGGGUCUGCAAAUAGUAUAGGCAUCUAAUUUUAUAAUUUUAUACUCGAAAAACUUUAGAGGCCUCUUUGGCUGCAUUAACAUUCUUGGUUUUUUAUUAUUUAUUAUCUUAAUGUCUUUUGCCAAUGAAUUAUAUAUUGUCAGAUUGUCUAGCUA